AUGCUCAUUUCAAAGGACAAACGGAUUAUUUGCUACCACGUUUAUAGGCUGUUAGGCAAUAAAGCUGCGGCUAGCUAUUUGCGUAUAAUACUAUCGAACGAACUACGCGACAGUUUAGCAUUUUUCGUCGCUGGCCCAUUUCGAAUCAGUGGGAUUUAUCUUUCAGGCAUUUGUUUGCUGCAAAGAGCCGGUCAAAGCCAAUCAUUUUUGGUAGCCAAUUCAAGAAAUAUCCACUUAAGUUUUAAUACAUUCGACUGGAUCCGACGAAACACACCCAGAAAACCCUAUCGCUACAAAAUUAACAAAAUAUACAGUGUUCUCGAAGAAGAGAAAAUUGCCAUUGAUCCGGAUAAGGAUGUAUUUAAAAAUGGCCCAUCAGAGGCAGACAUCGAAGUCUAUAAUGAGGUUCGUAAAAAUGUAGCUGAAUCUCUAGCCAAGAACGCCUCCCGAUACUUCGCAGUCGUCCACUUCGCAGGAAAACAAUUCAAAGUCACCAAUAAUGACCUUAUCUCUGUUAAAGCACCUCUCAUUGAAGCCGAACCCGGUGAACUAAUCCGUCUGGAGAAAAUCUUACUUGCAGGAAAUGCUGAUUUCUCCAUUGUCGGCAGACCCCUUCUUCCAAGGAAUAAUGUUCUAGUCACAGCCAUGGUAGUCGAAAAAACCUUGCGGCACCCCUCACUCUGGUACCAAUUCCAUCGGAGAAGACGGCACCGGGUAAUGAGAGUGUACCAAGACAAUCUGGUAACUUUACGCAUCGUGGAUGUAGCCAUAAAGAAUGUCUAG